AUGGAGGCUAAGAGGCUGCUGUGGCUUAUGGCAUUCGUCUUUUCACUAGUUUUGUUAGUUCAGUAUUUUGAACUCCCAUAUGGAUACAUUUUCUCGUCUUUCCUUUCUUUCGCUAAAUCUCAAGCGACGUUAAAUCGUUUCAACUCAGAAACGGAUACGUCUGUUGUCAGCAAUAAUAACAUCUCUUCAACCAGAAGCUUCAGUUUAACGAACCACAACAUGACCGUCGAGAGUGUCUUUAGCAAUAAGAGCUUGGUGCUAGAAAUGGCUCUGCCAAUCUCGAUUUAUGUUAAUACUUCAGAAAGAAAUUUCUCAGUAUUUGUGACAACGAAUGGGAGUGCGAGCAUACCAUCCCAGAGUACGAGCUCGACAGGAAAGAAUCCAGCAGACAUUUUUUUGAAUGACGAAAAACGUGGGCAUGUUAAAAACAACACGUCCGGUUUUGUUAAUAGUUCAACUGCUAUUAAAUCAACUGGUAAGAAGACAAGGUUCAAGGGCCCCCCAGCUGUAGUUGUGCCGAUAUCGGAAAUGAACAAUGCGUUUCUUCAGAGCCGUGCUUCUUAUCGGGCUAUGAAACCUAAGUGGCCGUUGCAAGUGGACAACGAACUACUGAACUCAAGAAGGCUUAUUGAAGGUGCUAGCAUGAUUGAAAAGAAUUCUCAAGUUGAUGAUAAUGUGUAUAGAAAUUCUUCUGAGUUUACAAGGAGUUAUGAAUUAAUGAAGAAGACUCUUAAAAUUUACAUCUAUACCGAAGGAGAAAAGCCCGUAUUCCACCAGCCCGAACUCGAGGGCAUAUAUGCUUCCGAGGGAUGGUUCAUGAAGCAGCUCCAAGAAAAUAAGCACUUUGUGACUAAGAAUCCCGACAAAGCCCAUCUCUUUUACCUGCCGUUUAGCUCGCGACUGUUGGAGGAGACUUUGUACGUCCCUAAUUCUCACAGUCGCAAGAACUUGGUUCAGUAUUUGAGUCGUUACCUUCAGAAGAUCACGACCACGUAUCGUUUUUGGAAUAGAACCGGUGGGGCCGACCAUUUUCUUGUGGCCUGCCAUGAUUGGGCACCUGCCGAGACGAGCCGGAUCAUGAAGAACUGCAUUAGGUCGUUAUGCAAUGCUGAUGCCAAGGGAGGAUUCAAAUUCGGAAAGGAUGUAUCACUACCCGAAACCUACGUAAGGCACGCCAAAAACCCUCUCAAAAACCUUGGCGGCAAACCCCCCUCUCAAAGGACCAUCUUAGCCUUUUUUGGUGGAAAAAUGCACGGAUACCUCCGCCCCAUUCUGUUGCAACACUGGCAGAACAAAGACCCUGACAUCAAAAUAUUCGGGAAGAUACACGAGUCAAGCAGUCAAAACGCUUAUGCUCAGUACAUGAAAAGCAGCAAAUACUGCAUAAGCGCAAAAGGGUAUGAACCCUACACCCCACGUGUCGUGGAGGCCAUUUUCUACGAGUGUGUUCCUGUAAUAAUAUCGGACAAUUAUGUGCCCCCGUUUUUCGAGACACUUAAUUGGGAGUCGUUUGCGGUUUUUGUGUUGGAGAGAGAUAUUCCGAAUUUGAAGAGCAUACUAUUGUCGAUUAGCGACGAAAGGUAUGUGGAGAUGCAGGAGAGGGUGAGGCGGGCGCAGAAGCAUUUUCUGUGGCACAAUACGCCGGUUGAGCAUGAUGUUUUCCACAUGGUGUUACAUUCACUGUGGUACACGAGGGUUUUCCAGGCAAGGCCGGGUAAUUGA